UCUCUUUCCUCCUCUCCGCUGGCGACAUAAGCGACGCGCGACCGACGCCCCGUGCUCCUCUCCCAAACCAACAGCGAUUUGUUGCUUUGCGAUGCGGGACCCAGAGCCAUGAAAAUGCUUCGGUUCCGGAGUCCGAGCAUCUCCUCCCUCACGCAGGAGGUCCGGUGCACGGUUCGCCUGCUCGACGACUCCGAGAUCGCGUGCAGCAUCCAGAGAGACACUAAAGGACAGUUUCUCUUGGAUCAUGUGUGUAAUCACUACAGCUUGCUGGAGAAGGAUUACUUUGGCAUCAGAUAUGUGGAUCCAGAGAAACAAAGGCAUUGGUUGGAUCCGAGCAAACCAGUCGUGAAACAGAUGAAAUGUCAGCAGCCGUACACUAUGUGCUUCAGGGUGAAGUUCUACCCUCAGGAGCCGAUCAAGAUCAAGGAAGAGCUGACAAGGUAUCUUCUGUACCUGCAGCUGAAGAGAGAUGUGUACCACGGUAGGCUGUUGUGUCCCUUCGCUGAUGCUGCGUAUCUUGGAGCCUGUAUAGUACAGGCUGAGCUUGGGGACUACGAUCCUGAGGAGCAUCCUGUAGACUACAUCAGCGACUUCAAGCUCUUCCCCAAACAGUCCCUCAAACUAGAGCGCAAGAUCAUGGAGAUCCACCAGAAUGAGCUGAGGGGACAGUGUCCUGCCCUCGCCGAGUUAAAUCUUCUUCAGAGGGCUCACACACUGGACACAUAUGGAGUCGACCCACAUCCCUGCAAGGAUUUCACAGGAUCCACAGCCUUUCUGGGAUUCACUGCAAGAGGGUUUGUGGUUUUCCAGGGAAAUAAGCGGAUCCACCUUUUAAAAUGGGCAGAUGUCAGCAAAUUUAAGUUUGAAGGGAAAACGUUUUAUGUGAUUGGAGUGCAAAGAGAGAAGAAACUGGUUCUGACGUUCCACACCUCCACACCAGCAGCCUGCAAGCACCUGUGGAAAUGUGCCGUGGAAAACCAGGCUUUUUACAAAUGUGCAAAGUCCAGUCAGAUCAAGACUGUGUCCAGCAGUAGUAUAUUUUUCAAGGGAAGCAGAUUUCGCUACAGUGGUCGGGUGGCUAAAGAAGUGAUUGAAGCCAGUUCAAAGAUUCAGAGAGAACCUCCUGUUGUACACAGGUCUCAGUUUGGUCAGAGCAGAAGCUUUACUUCGCUCAGUCAUAAACAGCUGAUAAUGAACAUGGAGCCUCUUCUACCAGCACUGAGCUCCAGCAGGGAAAACAGAGACUCCUCUGCAGACAACGGACUCUCAGCUUUGAAAGACUCGGUUCAUCUGUCCCCACUGAAACCAUCGGUCACUCCUGAGGAGGUGGAGAUGGAGGAGAGGGAAAACAACAUUCUGGACAGACACGAAGACGAGGCAGCCAACAGGAUGAGAGCGGAUGAGGAAAGGAGAGAGAUACACGUAGACCAAGAAGAUGAAUUGUGCGCGGCUCUCACCAUAUCUGACACAGCGUACAGCCCGUGUGCCAGCAUGGUGCCCACGCCGGUGGAGGAGAGCCAGGGCGACCUAGACCUGCUGUUCCAGAGUCCCGCCCGCCUGCUGAAGGAGCUGCACGCCGACCCAGAGAUGCAGCUGGAGCUCCAGGCCGAGAGGGAGAGGGAAGUGGCCAGAGUGGCAUUGGGUCAGUCGCUGUGCCUCCCGUCGAGUGGACGGCAGCAGAUGCAAGCCUGUCUGCGCAGUGCCGCCCGUCUGGUGGUGAUGGCCAUGGGUCUCCUCAUGAUUCUGCUUCCCCUCCUGCUCGUGCUGCUGGAGUCGGACCUGGACGUCUCGUUCUUGCAUGACAUCCGACAGACGCCCGAGUUUGAGCAGUUCCACUACGAAUACUACUGCCCCCUGCGUCGCUGGUUCAUCUGCAAACUGGAACUCAUGAUGGAGCAGCUCUGGGGCGACUGAGGGUCAGUGGGAAAUACAGGGAACAGGGGGCAGGGAUAUAAUGGACAGGACAGUACAGGUUUGCUCUACUACAUCACAUGAUUCAUUCAUUUACAUCUUUUGCAGAUCAAGGCGAUACGUUCUCGUAGCAGUAAUUGAGGCAGUUUCCUAGCACUUGUGCUGUAGUUGUCUAGUGUCUAUCCGACAGCAACAUGAGCCUUUAAAUUGUUCAUUAAAGCUGUAUGACUUGCACAGCUUUGGUAGAAAUGCAUUGGAACAUCAUACAUUUCACCAAUGAUGGAUAUGUAUGCUUUUUCAAUAUCUUCAUUCAUUUCAUCUGCCUGUUGUCAUAAACUUAAAAAAAGAGUGUCAGUCAGGGUCCAAAAUUAACAAUGGUAAUUGAAUUUUCUGGACAUAAAAGAUUUUAUUUUAAUUAAUUUUAUUUUACAGGUUUUUCUUAGUUUUUGGUGUUCCUGUGACUAUUAAUAAGCCCCUUUCUCUCUAUAUACAGUCUUUUUUUUUUUUUUUUUUGGAAAGAAAUCAAUAUUUUUAUUCAGAAAGAAAUUUCUGUUAUUUUACUAGAGUCAACUCUUUUAAAUUGACUCUAUGACUUUGUUUCUCAUAUUUCUGUUUUGCUGGCUAAACAGCAGAAAUGUUUUUCCACAUGGCCUCCUAGCGUAGUUUGUCUUGUACAGUAUUUCUUUGAUUUGAUUCACUUAUAAUCAGCGAUGGUCACUAUUUAAAUGAGUUCAGUAAAGUGGCCUGUAAAACAGCAACAAAAAAGUUUGCUUAUUUUAAUUUACAUGUGAUGCUUUCUAAAGUUAAUUGUGGACCCUGAUGCCGGUUUAAGUGUGAAAUCCUGUAUAAACACAUUUGAGAAGUCAGUUUCAAAUUAUUUGAUGUCUUUGACCCAGUCAACCUCCAUAAAAACACCAAAAAUGCACGUCAAAUGUAGAAGAGGCACGGACAGGUAAUGAGCUCAGACCUGCUUCCCUAAAUCAAGACUUAUUUUCUUAAAAACCAAAUCACAGCUAAUAAGACUAGCAGAUUCUGACCUCAUAACACUGUAUUGGAAUAAAUCUCUGCCUCUUGCAGAGCAACACACACAGAUAUGAGAGAGAGGGCAAGCUAUACAUGCUAAAACUUAAUAUCUGUUUUUAAAAUUUUAUACAUUUUUAUGUGACGCUUACAGUUACUUAUAUUUUUCAGCAAAAAAGCUUAAGUUUUGUUAUUUAAACUGAUUUACACUAAAAGUAGGUGGUGUAUAAAUAUUUUUAUCACCAACAAAUUUACCUUAAAAUGCUGUGCUGUGUUUUUAUAUAGAAUAGCACAAAGUAUAAAACAUUUUUUUUUUCUUUUUCAGAUUUUCAGAUGUCAUGAGCAGAUGUGAUAGCAGGUUGCAAGUACAUUUGAGAGGCUCUUAACUGACCACUUCAGUCGCACAACAUACAGUACAUUAACACAAAAUACAUUUAAAGAAGAUGCACGAAACCGCCACAAAUCCAAAUAUGUGUCAAUAUCAUUUUGUGGAAGUCAAGUGAUUGAACGUAUUCAAACAUUGAAAGUGCAGCUAAAUUUUAUUUACAAACCAUUUUCAUUUGGCCCCAAAAAGUUGUAAAUGGAAAACUAGAUUUAAUUUGCACAACUGACUUUUAUUAUUAUUUUAUUAUUAUUUAUUGGUAAUGCGGGCUGUUUUCUAUGGAAGCUUGUUUCCGCCACAAUAUAAAAUGAAUAAAAGGGUAAUUGCAACUUUUUACCUUUUCUGACUUAUUUCUCAUACUUCUGAGUUCAUAUCUCAUAAUCUUGACUUCAGAAUUAUGAGAUAUAAACUCAUAAAUUUGAGAAAUCAAUUCUUAAUUACAAGAUACAUACUCUGCAAUUUAAGGAAAAGUGUCUAAUUUGUGACAUAUAAACUUGCAAAUUUGAGGAAAAAAAUCUGAAUGGUGAGAUAUAAACCUGAAAAAAUUUGGAAAAUAAGCUAAAUUGUGAGAUAUAAACAAAUUUGAGGAAAGAGUAUGAAUGGAGAGAUGUAAAAAAAAUUAGAGGAAAGAAUCUGUAGGGUGAGAUUUAAACUUAGAAAUUUGAAGAAAAGAGUCUGAAUGGUGAGAUAUAAACCUGCAAAUUUGAGGAAAGAGUCUGAGUUGUGAGAUAUAAACUCACAAAUUUGAGGAAAGAGUCUGAUCGGUGAGAUAUAAAACUGCAAAUUUGAGGAAAGAGUCUGAAUUGUGAAAUAUAAACUCACAAAUUUGAGGAAAGGGUCUGAAUUGUGAAAUAUAAACUCACAAAUUUGAGGAAAGAGUCUGAAUUUUGAAAUAUAAACUCACAAAUUUGAGGAAAGAGUCUGAAUUGUGAAAUAUAAACUCACAAAUUUGAGGAAAGAGUCUGAAUUUUGAAAUAUAAACUCACAAAUUUGAGGAAAGAGUCUGAUCGGUGAGAUAUAAACUCACAAAUUUGAGGAAAGAGUCUGAAUUGUGAAAUAUAAACUCACAAAUUUGAGGAAAGAGUCUGAAUUUUGAAAUAUAAACUCACAAAUUUGAGGAAAGAGUCUGAUCGGUGAGAUAUAAACUCACAAAUUUGAGGAAAGAGUCUGAAUUCUGAAAUAUAAACUCACAAAUUUGAGGAAAGAGUCUGAAUUUUGAAAUAUAAACUCACAAAUUUGAGGAAAGAGUCUGAUCGGUGAGAUAUAAACUCACAAAUUUGAGGAAAGAGUCUGAAUUGUGAGAUAUAAACUCACAAAUUUGAGGAAAGAGUCUGAUCGGUGAGAUAUGAACCUGCAAAUUUGAGGAAAGAGUCUGAAUUGUGAGAUAUAAACUCACAAAGUCUGAUCGGUGAGAUAUAAACCUGCAAAUUUGAGGAAAGAGUCUGAAUUGUGAGAUAUAAACUCACAAAUUUGAGGAAAGAGUCUGAUCGGUGAGAUAUAAACCUGCAAAUUUGAGGAAAGAGUCUGAAUUGUGAAAUAUAAACUCACAAAUUUGAGGAAAGAGUCUAAACGGUGAGAUAUAAACUCGCAAAUUUGAGGAAAAGAGUAAAUUAUGAGAUAUAAACUCCCAAAUUUGAAGAAAAGAGCCUGAAUGGUGAGAUGUAAACAAAUUUGAGGAAAAGAGGCUAAAUUGUGAGAUAUAAACUCACAAAUCUGAGGAAAUCCGUCUGCAUUAUGAGAUAUAACCUCAAAACUUUGUGAAAAGAGUUUGAAUUGUGUGAUUAAACUCACAAAUUUGAGGAAAAGAGGCCAAAUCGUAAGAUAUAAACUCACAAAUUUGUGGAAAAGAGGCUAAAUUGAGAUAUAAACAAAUUUGAAGAGAAUAGGUUAAAUUGUGGGAUACAAACCUGAAAAUUGAGGAAGGAGUCUGAAUUUGUGUGAUAUAAACGUGCAAUUGUGAGAAGUCAGAAUUGCCUUUUUCACUUUUUUACUUUUAUUUAUCUUUUUUUUUUUUUGGAAAAAAAAAACAAACAAUAAAAUUUUAUAUUUACAAAAAUUAAAUUAAAAAUUCUGAGAAAAAAACUCUGAAUUGCAAAUUUUACUAACAUACUGCAAUGGCAGUAUGCCAAACCUAAAGAACCUUUGAAGACUUGCUCCAUUUACACUUUUUAUGUAUUAAAUCAAAGCUAGUGCAUGACCUGAUUACAUUUGUGUUUCCUUCAGAGGUCCAGGAUGAGACUGAUGUCUUCUGGACUGGCCGGCUCACAGCGCAGCAUAUUAACUAAUCAAAUCAACAAAGCUACUUGUCAUGUCACAUCUGUUGCUGAGGUGAUAGCAAAAGGGCUAAUGACACAUUUCUGUCAAUGCAUCACGCUCAACAGAUUUGUAGUUUGAAUCCAAUUCAACAUAAACCCAGAUCACUUAUAUUUACUGUCUAACAGCAGGUGGCGCUCUCAGGAACGAAUGUCAAAUACUGAAGGAUCUUUAUUUUCUGAUAAAAAAAAUAUAUAAAUAAAACAAAACAAAUAUGCAUAUUAGCAUACAGGCAUUUAUAUAGAUACAUUACCGCAAAGUAGAUAUUUGAUUGCUAUUGUAUGUUAUUUGUGGAUCAUGUGGUUUAUAUUCAUACAGACUCAUAUUUAAUCACCAUUACAAUGUGUGCAUCAUCAAAUCAGAAUCAUACUGCAUACACCUGUGAUUCAAUCGGUAUUCAACAAUGUAAAUUAAUAUAUCUUUUUCUGAUAUAUCAUGAAUACAUUUUCUUUUUGAAGAUCAUACUGUAUACACUACCAGUCAAAAGCUUAGACACAGUUAACUGAAUUUGUUACAAUUUGUCAUAAAUUGUUAAUUUUAAUUUGUAUGUAAAUGUAAUGAACUAAAAUUCAUAUAUAUUUAUUAACUUUAAUUCAUGAUGAUAUUUCAUUGUUAUUAAUAUUUAACCUCCCCCUACAAACAAUUAACUUAUUAAUUAAUUACUUAUUGGUUUAUAUUAAGUUUCUU